AGAGGGCUUAACUGUAGGGAUUGGCAGCCCACUUCAGUUGAUUCUAGCGCCCCAAAAUGGUUAAAUCGGUUCUUGUGGCUAUUUUCGGACUGUUGGUCGUUGCCACGGCUGCUCCUCUGGAUCAGCUGGACCAGGACAAGUGGAGUCUCGUUCCGGAUUCCAAUGGACAUCUGCACUUGGUCAACCUGAAUCCGUACAGUGUUCCCGACCAACAGGAACCGGAAAAGCUGUUCAUUCCAGCUCAGGAUACCAUUUUCCGGUUGUACACACGAUCGAACCCGCUUGCACCCCAGGUUCUCGUCCUGAACAACCCUGCCUCAGUAACAGCCUCGGACUUUAAUCCGGCCCGCCCAACGCGGUUCAUCAUCCACGGCUGGAACAACGACGGUUUCUCCGAGGUCAACACCAUCCUGACGAACGCCUGGCUGACCCGUGGAGACUUCAACGUAAUCACCGUUGAUUGGGGAGUUGGAGCGCAAACCGCCAACUAUAUCAAUGCACGAGGCCGAGUACAGCUGGUUGGUUCCGUGGUGUCCACGUUCAUCAGCUUCCUCGAGUCAACCAGCGGAUUGUCCCCCAACAGCGUCUACAUUGCGGGUCACAGUCUGGGAGCUCACGCCGCUGGAAAUGCUGGCUUCUACCAGCAAAACAGGCUGAACACGAUCUUCGGUAUGGACCCGGCUUUGCCGCUGUUUUCGCUGGAGAGCUCCGAUCGUAUUCACGGUUCAGAUGCGCAGUAUGUUGAAACAAUCCACACCAACGCCGGACUGCUGGGCUUCGAUCUCCCAUUGGGGCGUGCUUCGUUCUACCCGAAUGGAGGUCGUACUCAGCCAGGAUGUGGCAUUGACAUCACCGGAGCUUGUGCCCAUGGGCGGGCAUUCGAGUUCCUCGCGGAGUCCAUUAUCUCUGGUGGUUUCACGUCGAUCCCUUGUCAGAACUACCAGCAGAUCCUGGAGAACAACUGCGUUAUCAACGGACCUAGCCGUCCCAUGGGUGGUGAGCCGUCGAACCAGGUAGCUGGAGCGCAGGGAGUUUACACGUUGAGCACGCGGGCCGCAAGUCCGUUCUCGUUGGGUUAGACCCAGUGAUACCAGAUCUUUAAUUUAAGCUAAUAAACUGAACAAAACAAACCA